AGGGUUCCUUUUUUUAUUCAUAAUAUUUGUUUCUUCAUUGCUGAAGCUCGUUCAUGGAAAUCAGGUUUUGCAUGCUCCUUGUUUAUUCAACAAUGGCAGCCACUUUGUUCAUUCACUGCGAUGCAAGAAAAUCAAUGGAGGUAGUCAAAGAUCCAAAACAUGGAAGAAGUACAAAGAAAUUGCAGCUAAUGAGUAAACUCAUGAGUUUAGUGAUAGAACAACCCACUGAUGCUUCCAAUACUCAACCAUAUGGUGUAAGCUCACCCCUUUCUUUGCCACCUUUUGAUUCUCUACCCAAUUCUCCUCCGGGUCUAGGCCCACCGGAAGGCUCAUACGGGACUGUUCCGAGCCCACCCGAAUUCUCGACCACCCCGAGCACACCACAAACAACACCUACAACAACUUACAUCCCAAGCCCAUCGGGAUCUGUAUUCAGCCCACCCUUUUACGAGCCCAGUCCACCGGCCGGUGUCAUGAGCCCACCAGUCUAUAUCCCAUCUCCAAUCGGGUUUGAUCCAAGCCCACCAGUUUUUCUACCACCGAUAGUGUACCCUCCACCGACGGUUCCACCGACUCCCAAUGUGGCUCCGGCCACGGCCUUAUGGUGUGUGGCUAAGCCGUCGGUGCCUGACCCGAUUAUCCAAGAAGCUAUGAACUAUGCGUGUGGGACCGGAGCGGAUUGUGAUCCGAUUCAACCAAAUGGCUCAUGCUUUCACCCGGACACGUUAUAUGCACAUGCUUCUUAUGCUUUUAAUAGCUACUGGCAAAGAACCAAAUCUGGUGGUGGUACAUGUGAAUUUGGAGGCACUGCCAUACUUGUCGUAAUUGAUCCAAGCUACGAUGGUUGCCAUUUUGAGUAUGAUUAAUGGGGUGAAGAUAGGGUUAUCCUCUUG